CUUGAAGCUGGUGGCGGAGAGUCUGCACUAAAAGGCUUGGGCUUUGGCAGCACAUGACAAUCCUGCCACCGAGCUCUCUUCACCACACAGCUGCUGCCUGCCGCUCCACGAGGAUGUUUCCCCACAAUUUCCCAGUGAACAGCAAAGGGGUCGGUGUCAUUCUGCUGCUCUUUUUAAGCCACUGUGCGCGUGGGACUCUUCUUCAGAUGAAUACCCACUUGAAGGAGGGUAUGGACUGUGAUGCACUAGCAGGAUCCAGACAAGUGAUUGACAAAUGUGGGAUCUGUGGAGGAGACAACUCCGCCUGUGAAAUAAUUGCCGGCAUCUUCCGACCUACAGUCCUGUCCGUUGGAUAUCAUAAAAUUAUCGAAAUUCCCAAAGGAGCAGCAAAAAUUAACAUAACAGAAAUGGUUAAGAGCAGAAAUUAUAUCGCACUGAGAAAUCAACUCGGAGAGUCAAUCAUUAAUGGAAACUGGGCUAUCGACAGACCAGGCACUUUCAGUGCCGCAGGAACCGUAUUCGUUUACAAGAGACCCAACGAGAUCAGCAGUAAAGCUGGAGAGUCCAUAACUACCGAAGGACCUAUCAAGGAAGUGCUUCAUGUUCUCAUUAUUUACCAGCAGCCUAACCCAAGUGUGUACUAUGAAUAUAUCUUACCAAGGAAUGACGUUGUUAACCUGCAGCCUGUCUCCCAGUCCGACAUCCAGCCAUUUGGUAUUGAGCCUCUAAAUGGACAACUGGGGGUCUACACAACGCACGGGCAGAGAUACAUCUCACCCCAUGGAAACGGAGAGAACCUUGUCAAUAGUUUCGACGCUCAUCAGUUCUCUCAGGAACCCUCGGCAUCUACUACUUUGCAGCCCUUUGGCUCUGAGCAUUUGGAGAACAAAAAAGAACAACGCAAUGCCUACAACUGGAAGUUCACGGGAAACAGCCGAUGCAGUGCUUCCUGUGGAGGAGGCAGGCGAUACCCCAUUUUCAGUUGUGUAGAAAGAAUCACGCACAAGCAAGUAUCAGAAAGCCUCUGUGACAUGGCCAUGAGGCCGACACCAGAAGAGGAACAGUGCAACACUCAGCCCUGUCCAGCCUUCUGGGAUGUGGGUGAGUGGUCUGAAUGCAGUAAAACAUGCGGCCCGGGAUUCCAGCAUCGGCAGGUCAUUUGCAGACAAGUCUACGGCAAUCAAACCCACGCCGUCUAUGCCGCGCACUGUCAACAUUUGGAGAAACCAGAAACUGUCAGCACAUGCCAGCUGAAAAUCUGCAGUGAAUGGCAAAUCCGGACUGACUGGACCCCUUGUUCAGUUCCCUGUGGAGUGGGACAAAGAACCCGAGACAUCAAAUGUGUGGACAAUCUAGGUGACGUUGUCCAUGAUGAGGAGUGCAACAUGAAGCUGAAGCCGGAGGACUCGGAGAACUGCGAUGCCGGACCCUGUGCCAGGAGCUGGUUCAUGACCGAAUGGAGUGACAGGUGCUCGGCCGAAUGCGGAAACGGCAGCCAGACGAGAAGUGUCGUCUGCCUGAUGAAUCACAUUAGCAGCUUACCCCUCGAAGGAUGUGGCAAAGAGAAGCCGGCAGAAAGCAAGCUUUGUAACUUUGGCCCUUGUUACGAGAGAGCGGAAUGGUUUACGGGGCCUUGGGGACAGUGCUCUACAGAAUGCGGUGAUGGCACCAAAAGCAGAAGUGUGGUCUGUCUAAUUCAGUCCAACAACAGCUUUGAAGUGACUGAGCCUUCUGAAUGCAGUCACCUUGAGAAACCACCUACGGAGCAGCCAUGCCACCUGAAGAAUUGUGGAGCAAAAUGGUUUACCACGGAAUGGAGUGCGUGUUCCAAGUCAUGUGAUGGAGGCUACCGAGUGCGUGAAGUGCGCUGCCUUGCAGACGACAUGACGGCGAGUACAAGUUGUGAUCCGUUCUUCAUGCCGGAAGACAGAGAGGACUGCAACCUCCAGCAGUGCAUGGAGGAAAUAGAUGAAAACUGCCGAGAUAUGUACUUUAACUGCAACGUGGUGGUCCAGGCCAGGCUUUGCAUCUACUCGUACUACAAGACGGCCUGCUGUGCGUCGUGCAGGAAAGUCAGCAGGAGGAACGGACGUAUAAGAAGACGAUAACAAGCCUGAGGACGAAAGAGUGUGGACCGUUUUUCAAAAAAAGUGCAUUCGAGCAAAGCUGGGGAAGGGGAAGGGGGGAAAUUAUGAUGGCAUUGCAUGUUCUUUAUGCUUAUUUAAUUUGGCAGAUUGAAAAGAAAGAAAGAAAGAAAAAAAGAAAGAGAAAGAAAGAUCGAUCAUAGAAAUUCAUGGCUACCUUUUCAAAAUAAUUAUUAACAGGCCAACUGAAUAAAAGAAAGAAAGAAAGAAAAAAAGAAAGAUCAUAGAAAUUCAUGGCUACCUUUUCAAAAUGAUUACUAACAGGCCAACUGAAAAAGAAAAGACAGACAGAAAGAAACAGAAAGAGAAAUGCCAAUAAUGUACUACUGACCGAUCCUUUCUAAGUGUUUCACACGCUGGUACUUUGAACUGUAAGAAGCCCGUGCCAAUCGCCGUCGCGCCACAUUGUAUCAGAGUCAGAGGUGUUCCUUGUCAUAUAAAAUAUUUUUUAUUUUAAAAUGAA